UGUCCCCCCCGCUGUCCCCGCAGGCACUUCCCCCACCCCUACUACAGCCUGCGGCUGCACAUCCCCGGCUCCAACUCCUCGGCGCGGCUGCUGGCGCUGGACUCGGUGCUGCUCUGCGGCCACUCCGACGAUUUCGGCCUCGGCGACGCCCCCACUGCGGGGACAGCGCUAAAAUGGUGCCCCAGAGGUGCAGGGACACCCCCAGAUCGUGCCCCGAAUUGCGGGCACAGCACUGAAAUGGUGUCCCCAAGGGGCGGGGUGCCCAGGUGUGCAGGGACCCCCCCAAAGCCCGUCCGGGGUGAGCCCAGGUGUGUCCCUCAGGUGUGGCCCCCUCCAAACCCCCCCUUCUCUCGGCAGUACCUGGAGGAGGGGGGCGUGGCCUACAUCCUGAGCGGCGCCGGGAAUUUCAUGGAGGAUUCGCGGCCGCACGAGGGCUCGGUGCCCCCCGGGUCCCUCCGGUUCUUCUACGGGAGCCCCGCGAGCCCCGGCGGCUUCGCCCACCUGCGCCUGGAGCCCGGCGCCGUCACCGUCACCUUCCUGGAGGCCACCGGGCGCGUCCUGCACCGCGUGACGCUGCCCCCCCGCCAGCUCUGAGCUGGGGACAAUGGGGACAAUGGGGGGCACUGGGACCCCUCCCCUGGGGGACACCCCCCUGAUCUCUGCAUCCCCCCAGGGGAC